AUGAGGAGUGCUAUCCUAUGUCUGUGUCUUUUAACUUUUACUAUUGCCUUAUACGAUCAUGGGCCGGCUGAACGAUACUGGGAUUUGUUGAAGGGAUUGCGUCCGGAUAAAGUGGAAGAGGUCAAGGAGAUUGUCUACGACCCGGAUCUAACCAAAAGACAGACCCUGGAGAAGAUGAAUGAGUGGGCCACGAAACAAAGUCACGAAAUUCAAGUGAGUGCAAGCUACAGUAACCCUUAAGGCCCAAAGUUUUUGUGCAUGAAAAAUGGAAGGGUUUAAAACCCCAAUUUUGAGUAUUGAACUACUGUUUUAUUUAUAAUACCGACACGACCAAAAAACACUAGAGAAAAUUUGAGAGAGCCCAACCAUACGGUGACGGACCCGAUCCAGUGGCAAAAAAAGUACCAUUCUGCAUCCGGGAGGCAUAAAAAAUGUGGCAAAAUGUUUCCCUCUCCAAGCGAAAAAACUUCGUUUUGAAGGGCGUUUGAAAUCGUAGUUUUUUCACUUGGAGAGGGAAGCAUUUUGCCACAUUUUUUGAUACUUCCCGGAUGCAAAACGGUACGGUUUUAGCAACUGGAUCAGGUCCCCCACUGUAGCUCACAAGGGAAUGGUCCCAACGAUCCGUGGGAUCCACAAAUGAAACCUAGAUAUUCUGAAAGAGCAGGUAAAAUUUAGUAGGAAUCCGUUUUUUCUACUUGCCGAAUAAGUCUGUGCGACGAGAAAUAUCGUCGAAAAGAUCCGACCAAAAAAUCGAAAGAGAGAAAAGACGAACCGAAAGGCCUUCGAAGGCGUCACCAAAUAGUCUAGUGGAAAAAGUUCCACGCAUGAAUCUUUUGGCGGAGGGAGGCUUUGGAGGUUCGAGUCCACCCGGAGCGGAUAUCUCCGGCUUGAACCUACGUGUUCAUUACUGUAUUCUACAGUUACAUAAAAAAAUUUUUUUUGUUUAUUGACCUGUUUUGCAAGGUUUGUUGCAAAGUUUUAAGAAAAUUUGACAUUUCGGCAAUAUCUUUGAUAAGCCCGAUGUCGACAUAGUGGUAUUUUCAAGACACUUCUACUCGAUUCUGGAAGGUUGUAUAGGGUCUUGCAGAUCUUUUUCGGUUUCCCAAAAAGGAUGUUGCCAAAAUCUCACCUUUUCAUAAAAUUUUGCAAGAAAAGUUGAAAAGAGAAUUUUUGGGUCCUUGCAUCAGCGUGUAGUAGACCCCGUGAAUAUUUACAAAAAAAUCUAUUUUGAGUUUUUUCGUUUAAAAUGGCCGAGGACAUGUGUUUAACAAAUGCCCAAAUUAUUUUUGUCAAAUUCUGCCCGGAAGGUAUAAAUUUGCAUGAAUUUGUCUUCUUUGGAACUUCGGACCUGGCGGCAUCAUAAAAAGAGGUAAUGACCAGUGAUUGCCACGCCUUCGGAUGCAAAAAACCUUGUAAAACAGGUUAAACAAAAAAAAUUUUUUUUUUGUAUAACUGUAGAAUACAGUAAUGAACACGUAGGUUCAAAUCCGGAGAUGUCCGGCUCCGGGUGGACUCGAACCUCGAAGGCCUCCCUCCCCCAAAACAUUUGUGCGUGGAACUUUUUCCACUAGACUAUUUGGUGACGCCUUCCAAGGCCUUUCGGUUCGUCUUUUCUCUCUUUCGAUUUUUUGGUCGGAUCUUUUCGACGAUAUUUCUCGUCGCACAGACUUAUUCGGCAAGUAGAAAAAACGGAUUCCUACUAAAUUUUACCUGCUCUUUCAGAAUAUCCAGGUUUUAUUUGCGGACCCCACGGAUCGUUGGGACCAUUCCCUUGUCAGUUGGUAGAGCGGACUGUGGUUCAGCGGAAGUCGCUUUGGUCGCUGGUUCGAGUCCGGCUGAUUGGAAUUCCUUUUUUUCCGCAAAACCUUCUAGAUUUACUCUACGUUUCUACGGCUCUAGCAGCCCUUGACGUACAGUGACGGACCUGAUCCAGUGCCAAAAAAACGUACCAUUUUGCAUCCGGGAAGUAUCAAAAAUGUAGCAAAAUGCCUCCCUCUCCAAGUGAAAAAUUUCCGUGUUGAAGGGCUCCCUCACGAAAAGAGUGGGCGCGCUUUUGAAAUUGGAGUUUUUCCACUUGGAGAGGGAGGUAUUUUGCUUCAUUUUUGAUACUUCGCGGAUGCAAAAUGGUAUGUUUUUUGCCAAUGGACCAGGUCCGACACUGUACGUGAAGCACUGCUAGAACCGUAGAGAGUAGAGUAAAUCUAGAAGGUUAAGCGGUUACUUGCCAAAAAAAAAGGAAUUCCAAACAACCGGAACCAGCGGCCUAACAAGGGAAUGGUUUGAACUGUCCGUGAGCUUUCAACAUGACACCUCCAAAUUCUGAAAGAGCGUACAAAAUUUAGUAGGAAUCCGCUUUCCAUUUUUGCCGAAUGGUCUUGGGAGACGAGAAAUAUCGACAGAAAGAUCCGACAAAAAAAUCGAGAGAGAGAAAAGACGAACCGAAAGGCCCAGAGAAGCGUCACCAAAUAGUCUAGUGGAAAAAGUUCCACGCACGAAACUUUUGGCAGAGGGAGGCCUUGGAGGUUCGAGUCCACCCGGAGCGGAUAUCGUCGGCAUGGAUCUACGGUUCGUUAGUGUAUUCGACCGCUAUGUAAAGGUUCUUUUUUUCAUUUGUUCGAGUGUUUUACAGAUUUUUUUCGAAAUUUCAAGAAGAGUUGACAACUUGGCUGCAUUUUCGAUGAUGCCAGAUUCGACAUACUGGUGUUUUCAAGACAUUUAUACUCGGUUCUGAAAGGUUGUAUAGGGCUUGCGGAUUUUUUUGAGUUUCCAGAGAAAAAUCUUGCCAAAUUUUCACCUUUCCUUAAAGCUUUGCAAGAAAAGUUGAAAAGAAAAUUUUUGAGUCCCUGCGUCAGCGUGUGGUCCAACAAGGGAUAUUUAUCAAAAAAAUCGAUUUUGAGUUUUUUAGUUUAAAAUGACCGUGGACAUGUGUUUAACAAACGACCAAAAUAUUUUUCCCAAAUUCCGCCUUGAAGGUAUAAAUUUUCACAAAUUUGUCAUUUUUGGAAUUUUGUGUCUGACGGCAUCAUAGAAAGGAAUAAUCAGCCAAAAUUUUGCGUGUGAGCCAGCAGCCGACACAGCGACUUUGGAGCCCGAUCUGAGCCCCGCCAUGGAAACAUUGGAACCUUGGCAUUCCGCCGCAAUGGGGAGAAAGAGGAUUGGAACGUGAAAAGGAGAUCGGUCGUGAGAGUUGGUUGGAAUGUGAGGAGGAUAGAAGGAAGGAACGGAGGAAUCCGAGCGCGCGUUUGGCCGUCAGAGUUCCGUGUGGAUCAGAUACAUAUUACCCUUUGAUAUUGGCUUAUAUUGGCUUUGAUUGUGAUUGGGAAUUGCGUGGAUAAAUAGUAUUGGCAUUUAUUCGUGUGGGUUAUUUGUGUGGAGUAUAUUGGGAGUUUGUCCCAUAAUUAUCUAGGGGAAUUGCCCGUGGAAUCGUUUGGAGGAGCAGCGCGUUUCGAUCUCAAUUGGCGACCACUUACGGCGGCCACUCUUCGUUCGUGUACCGAUCGUGUUUUUUAUUUCCCAAGGAAGAGCAGUAAUUCCGAAGGAAAUCAGAUUUGAGCUAAAAGCAGAAACGGCCAAAUCUGAGUCAGAUCCCCUCCAGCAGUAAGGUUGGGAUUUGACCUGGUUUUUCGCAACAAGCAGGUGCGAAAUUCCAGAAUUCAGAACCUCGAUAGCAGAAAGAGGAAAUCUGAAAGAAACAGUGUUUGUGUCUGAGCAGUAAAGACAGAACAGCUGUAGAUCUGAAGCAGGAAACAGAUCUAACGUGGUAAAGCAGAUAAUACCCGUUUUUGGAGCGAAUUUCCGCAAGAAUUUGGAAAAUUUCGACUCCUGGCCAAGUAUAAUAUAAUUGAUACUUUCGCGGCCAUACACUCACGAAUAUUCCUGAUUGUUUAGUGAAGUGAGACUAUUUAUAGCGAGAAUAAGCUAUUACGACCCUUUGUUUGGAAAAUUUUGACGAGAAAUUGAGAAAAUUGCGAUUUUUAGAUAUUGUUUUAGGUGAACGUGACGAUUUUUGACGCAAUAUACGUCUUUGAGAGGCUUGAACUACUUGGAAAUUGUAUUGGAAAGCUGCGUUUGGUUGAUUCGCUAGCUGUGUGGUUAUUUCUGUGUCGUUUGGACCUAUUUUAUCGUUGUUGAUCUAGAAUUUUGAUCUUGUUUCGUGAGCUUUGAAAUUUUGUUGAAAUCCGAAGAAUUUUUUGGUUGUAAUUGAUUAUAAUUUGUUGUGAAAGAACAGAGAACUCGUGUGAAUUGUGUUACUGAAGUUUGAUUGCAGGAGAACCGUGAAAUUUGGCCAAUCUAUCAAGCGUAAUAUCGAAAAAGCGACCUAAUAUAAUAUCGAGAACUACAGGAGAUAAGGAUAAGUUGUUGGAAAAUUUGUUGUUCCACGUUUAGAAAAGAGAAUGCAGGUGAAUAAGAGCGAAAGUGGUGUGACCGACCUUGAUUUAGAGAAUUUGGUACCUAAAAUGCAGAAAAAUCUUCGAGAAUUGUCGAAUCUUUCGCUAAAAUUGCCCUCUAUUCCUUCCUUGCCUCACCAAAAUUAUCCAGAUUGUGAUUCGCGCGUAGAGAAGACCGAAUUCUAUCGAGAAAGCAUCAAGAAAGCAUUAUCAGACACACACAUCAUGAAUACAUUAACAUUUGAACAAAUUUAUCUCUUGAGAAACGGGCGAAUGUGUUAUAUCACUGGUGAAGAGAAAGAAGAGUUUAUAUACGACAUUCUAUACAACAUUUUCGUUGUCACAGAAGAGUUAGACCUUGAAUACCGUUGCAAAGUGUUGGAGAAACGACUUCGAGGAAGAAUCUUGGACUUCUAUCAAGCUCUGACCAAGAAUACGGAUUAUUUCGGAGACAUUAUGGAUCCACUCAUGGAAGAAUUCGGGUACGAGAAAGACGUUGCAGUAAAUUACUUCUCAACAUUUCCUCAUUAUGACCAAAUCUUGAUUCGAGACUCUCUACCAUCUCAAGACGAGGCCUAUAAAGCAUUCCAACUUCAGAAACAUCAGCCAUCGGACAUCAAAAAACUUGAUUUACAUUGUAAUUUCUGUGGAAAACCGAAUCAUCUCGAAAAGAGUUGCUUCAAGAAGAAACGAGAAUGUGUUUUAUCUUCAAGAGUCCUUCCAGAAUCUCAAGAACAGUGUCAAAGUGAUCUUUCUCAGUCUGAUUUGAACAACUCAUCACCUAUUGUUCAUGAUAAACACCCAGAUUUAACAUGCAGCAGUGAUCCAAAAGAAAUUAUUGAUCCGACAGAUGCUUACGACGAAAACUUUGACGAACUUUUACAAUGCUAUCGGCAACUAAUGGAAAGAUAUAAAAGAAAUACUGAGGUAAGAAAGAUCGUGAAGAUAGACAAUGAGAAGUUUACGGCCACUAAUGAGCCAUGUCAAAGUAAGAAACCUUGUGAAUCCGAUAGCAACAUCGAAGAGAAAGGUGAAGAUCAUUCAGGAUUUGAAAAUGGAGAUUUCGAAGAGUUGUUUUACAAACCAGAAGCACCAUUAUCGCACACAAAAGCCAAUUACCAGACGGAUUAUACCUCAGAACUGUCAAAAAGCGUAUUCAUGAGCUGGAACAAAGAGAAGUAUGAUGACAGUAUUGAUUUUAUGGAAAUUUUGGAUGAUUCUCUCUACGCUGAAUGGUUAAAAGAUGACCCUACAAGAAAGAAAUGUUCGGAACUUGAUGCAAAUCUCCCGAAAGUUGAGAGUGAUUGUGCGAAUUUAACAGAGUCAUGUGUUUUCCAGUUGAUGUCAAGUCUUACUCUUGGUCAGAAUAAGCAAAUUUCGGAAAAUUACGAAGACUACAAUCGCUUUUCUAGCUCGUUUCUACCCGCCAAAGGAUGUAAAUUUAAAUUUGCUCAAGAAACUCAAUGUUUGAAUGGUGCAUUGAACCAACAAACCUCGGCCGGAUUAGCAAAUUACUCGCGAAUCGAAGGGAAAGGAUGCAAGUUUAAGGAGAUAUUCGAAAAUUUUGGUCACGAAAACUUCUCAAACCGCAAAAUUAUGAAUUCUAGUGAUCUGGAAAGGAAUGAAAAGACUAAAAACUCAAACUCUGAGACAGAUAUCACGUCACCUUACCAGAAAAUCAAAGGAAAGGGUACAAAAUUCAAGACCUAUAUGGCAAAAUGUAUUGUAAAUUGCUAUUUUAUUGUGGAAAUACCGUAUUCUAUUGUAAUUUGGUGUAUUAUCUUGAGGGUAUUUCUGUUUUUGAUUCAAAAAUUCUCUAUUUAUUUAUUACGCUCCGGUAAAAAGUCAACUCAGAUUACAUGUUGGUCUGUUUCAGGAAUGCGAAAAAGCUUUCUGAAAACGCCGGGACGUCGUUUAGUUAUUGAGGGGGGAGCCAGGGGUAUUUAGGAUAAUUUAGGGACUUCAUUUGAUUUUAACUUUUAUUUCGUUUCAGAUUUCGUCGUGUUUUGUUUAUGUUUGUUUUGUGCCAGCUCAAUAUGCCAUUAUCUACCCGAUCCCGUCAAUCCAAGCCCAUCAAUGUAACAUCCCAACAGCCGGCCAACCAUAUCCGAAGCGUCAGAACUGUCCCCGAGAAGUGCACCAGCAGAAACCAACCCCAUUUGAAGCAUCGAACCACCAGAAGCACUGACAUGACGUCGGGACGCCGCCAAGGUAUGGAAGGGGCGUGUGAGCCAGCAGCCGACACAGCGACUUUGGAGCCCGAUCUGAGCCCCGCCAUGGAAACAUUGGAACCUUGGCAUUCCGCCGCAAUGGGGAGAAAGAGGAUUGGAACGUGA